CUCUCGGCAGCUUUGCAACGCCAGGCUCUAAGGAGAAACGCAUUUUGCGGUUGGAAAGGAUGUGCUAGGCGUUUUAACAAGUGCGCUCACUUUCAUACCUACCUCGACGCUGCUUCGACGUUGACCGAACACAACCACGCGACCUACACUGGACGUAGUCUAUACUCUGCACUCUAUUUCCAAUGUAACUGCUUCCAACAAAUUAUGUGGGCAUGAAGACCCCCUCGACCUAGCAGGAGUGUAACAAAAUCAUGUCGUUGCUGCAUAGCGCCAUCGGACAUGCCAGCCAAAAUAUACAAAACGCAACAGAAAAACAAGCGGCCAAAGAAGAAAGCAAUGCAAAAGCGCAGAGGGAGCAAGCCGGUCGCACAGUCGCGGGCACGCGGUUGGCUGGAGGAACAACAGCUGCCGACAACCCAUUCUAUGAGCCGGAAGCUACAGAGGCGCUUUUUGAAGCCGGCGUGCCAUCCCAAUGGCAGCUCCUUCAGGAAAGAUGUCGGGCCUACACGGAUGAAACGUCUUCUAUGGAGGAAGAUGUGAACGAGCUAAUGAAGUCGAUGUUUAAGGAGCAUAUGUUGGGCCGCUACCCAGGGUUCGCAAAAUACCUAACCGGACCCGUCACAGCGGAGUCCCUCCAACCCACCCCACCGCCCCUCCGCCCCGCCUCCCCCACCACCUCCAAUCCCGCCUCGACUCCCCCUCUCCACCGCUCCCCCACCCACAUGGUCCACCCCCACCACCCCCACACCCACCCCCACCUCUCCUCCGCCUCCCAAAGUGCCCCCCUCGCCGACCGUCUCCGUACGUCGUACCGUACGGCAGUUAACGCACUUUCCGUUUGGUGGUGGCACUACCGCUACUCGCCGCGACGCGCCCGGCUGUAUUUGCUGUUGUCGUACCCGGACUCCUCCCGCGGCGCCAUGCUGCUCGGGGGCCUUAUGUUGGCAAUCACGCUGCUCAACACGGCCACCUUUUGCAUGGAGACGGUGCCGGCAUGGCACCACACGCCACUGUACGACAAACUGAUCCUUAUCGACUACGCCUGCCUGGCAGUGUUCAGCGCCGAGCUGCUGCUCCGGCUGGCCUGCUGCCCGGGGCUGCGGCGGUUCGCGAGCAGCCUGCUGAACUGGGUGGACGCGGCGGCGGUGCUGCCGUUCUGGGUGGAGCUGGCGGUGUGGGGGCCGGGAACAAAUGUCGCCUCCCAAACCCGCAUCCUACGCAUGCUGCGAAUGCUCAAGCUCCUACGCAUGCUGCGAGCCGUAUCCAGGUUCCGCAACCUCCAAGUGGUUGUGGACUCGCUGAUCGCCAGCAGCGACGUGAUCGGCAUGCUGGCGCUGCUGCUGCUGGUGCUGCUGGUGGUGUCUUCCGCCAUCAUCUACUACGUGGAGGGAGCGCUGGUGCCGGAUACCUGGUUCAAUUCCAUACCCGUCACCAUGUACUUUAUGCAUGUCACCCUGACCACCACCGGCUACGGCGACUUCUACCCGCAGUCCUCCUGGGGCCGCUUCGUGGCGGGGUUGUGCAUGCUGCUGUGCAUGGUGACCAUGUCCCUGCCCAUCUCGGUGGUGGGCGGCAACUUCAGCUCCAUGUGGGGGCGCUACGUGGGCAUGCGGCGCACCCUGGACCGCGCAGCAGCAGCCUGGGGCACCCGCGGGAGGCUGCGGGAGAUGGCGGGGCGGCACGGGGCGGCCAUGGAUAACCUGAUUGGCAGCAUCAACCGGGUGAAGGCUGCCGUGGAGGACGGUGUGCCUCCCACUGCUGCUGGUGCUGGGGCUGGAGGGGUGCCAGGCGGCAGCAGCGGCGGUGGCGGUGUCAGUGCUGAUGGGGGGGCCGGCGGGGGUCUGGGAGCGCUGUGGGAGCAGCUGGGGGAGCUGCGGAGGAGGCUGUCGGACGGGUCGGCGGAGUCCCCGGGUGGUCUGUCCGAGCUGCGAGCGGAGGUGGCGGUGCUGCGGCAGCGAGUGAGGGGCGCUCGCAGCCGCACCACACAGCUGCAGACGCUGCUGCUGCUUGCCUCCCGGCUGGUUUGCCCCGACGUGAGCGACCCGCUAGACCGGCUGCACGGGUUGCAUGGGGACAUGGCGGCAUGGGCGGUGGACGGGGC